AUGAGUGUUUAUGGAGUUGUUGUUGAUAGAAAAGAGCAUACGAUUGUUAUAUUCAGCAAGAAAUAUCAAGGAAUAAAAGAGCUUGAGCGAAUCGAUGAAAAUGUUAUUUUCAAAAUUGGAGAUUUUGUGGAAAUCGGUGAAAAUGAUGAAAUAUCACACGUGAAUUCAGUGAACUAUAAGUUAUUGAAUGAUAAACCAGGAAAACUGAAAUUCGUUAUCGAAAAUGUAUUACUCGACAUCUUCCAACUUCCAGAACGUGGUGUUCUUGAUGACGAAGUUUUUGGGUUUGUUGAAGAUUCAAAAGUACUUUUGACUUAUACGGAUUAUAAAAGUAUCGAAAUUAUUCAAAAUCCAUUGAAAGGAAAAUAUUUCUGGAAAGUAUUGAGAUGUCGUCGAAUGAAUGAAGAAUAUGAAGAUGGAGAAGGUGACGAAGAUGCUGAUAAUGAUAUUGAUCGUGUCACCGAUAGAUAUUCGAAAUAUCCCGAUUUACUCAUGGCUGAAGCAUUGGAACAUGAAAAACUUGAUAAUUUGAUUUUCGAAAAACUUGGCAAAGUUACGAUUGUUGGUUUUGAUCGAUCUGAUAUUCUUGUUGGAAAAAUACCCAUUUUAAAACCUGAAAAUGUUUUGGAUAGUGAAAUUAUGCGACAAUUAAGUGAUGGAGCAAAUGCGUGCUUGAGAAGCUUCACAGAAGAUGGAAAUAAAAUUGAGGAUGAAGAUUAUCCAAUGGGAAUUAUAAAUAUUGAUAGAAGAAAAAGAUUGGUUAGCUUUUUAGCUUUUUAGUUUUAUUUGCAUCUCUAUGAUAAUUCAUGAAAUUCAUGUUUUUCAGAUUUUGUUCCGAUUAGCCAAGGAAAGUCGAAGAAUGAAAUUCAAAAUUGGACAACAAUUCCUACUAGAAUCUAUUCAAAUUGAAAACUGUCUGUUUUAUUGGAAAACAAAACAACAUGCAAAAAACAAAGUUUUACAAAAAACUGUUCUGGACGUCGAAAAAUUGACACCUGAGAUGCUACUGAAACAAGCGCUUGAUGCACCAUUACCGCCAGAUUCUGAUGAUGAAGAAUUCGGAACAGAUCAAAAUAACGACGAGAAAAUCAAUUCAAUUGAAGAAGAUCCAAAACUAUUAGAUUCAACUCGAAAACUAAAUAUUGAUCAAGAAGAAGCUAUUCGAAUGGGAUUGAAUGAAAAUCGAAAAAUUGUAUUGAUCCAAGGGCCACCUGGAACUGGAAAAACACAUACACUUUCAGAAUUGAUUUGUGAAUUGGUAUUGAGAAAAGAGCAAGUUCUUGUGUUAACACCAACUAAAUUUGCAAAAGAAAAUAUCAAAUUUGCUGUUGAAACAAAAAUGAUGGAAAGAAAAAUGAAUGUUGCCGAAACAAGUGAGCUCAUAUAAUUUGAAAUAUUCAAAUAUUUACCAAAAAAUUAUUGUUUCAGAUCUAAUGGACAUUGAAAAAUAUGAAAAACUGCUCAAAAAUCAUUCGCUUUUUCAUAAAAUCAAAGAUGUCGUUCGCCGUCGAGAUAAUAAUAUGGAAAAUUUGGAAAAAUACAAGGAAUGUGAGAAAAUUAUCAAUGAAACAAAGUUUAAAGCAACACAGGUAAUAUUUUCUCAUCUGUUGAGUUUCGAAAAAAAUUACGAAUUUCAGAAAAUAUUGAAAGAUACAAUGGUUGUUUUUGCCACCGUCAAUAGCUGUUUUGUUGAAUUGUCACAGCAUAAAACAAACUUCAAACCGAAUAUUGUUGUUUUAGGUAAUUUUAUAUGACAAUGAAUAAUAAAAAUGUUAAAAUUAAUUUUUUAGAUGAAGCUGGUCAAUUAGGAGAAGCUCAUUUUUGGCCACGAGUUGACGGAAAAGAUCGAUAUAUUUUAGCAGGAGAUCCACAGCAAUUAUCAGCUAUUGUAGUAUCAGAAAAGUAAGUUUUCGAAUUAGAAAACCGCUCUAAAAAAAAUUAUCUUAUUUUAGAGCUCGAGAUUGUCGAAUGAAUGUUUCAUUGAUGGAAAGACUUGUUAAAGAAAGACAAACAGCUGAUUAUAUAAUUCUUCGAACACAAUAUCGGAUGAACGAGAAAAUCAUGUAUUGGAGUUCGAAAGUGUUUUAUGAUUCUCAACUUAUUCCACAUUCAAGUGUUCGAGAUAGUGAGCUCACGUUAGUUCAUUUUUCUCAAAUUUUCCUAUCAAACAUUUUUUUCCAGAAAUAUGGAAGAUAUCGAUGAAAAAGUUCGUCAGAAUUUCAAAAAAGAUCUGAGAUUCAAUCCAUUUGUGAUAUGUGACACUGGAGCUGAAAAAUCGAAAGAGAAAUUUAUAGAAUAUUAUGAAUUGAAUGAUGGAAGAGAUUCGUUUUGUAAUUUGGGAGAAGCUCGACUUAUUGUUCAACAUUUGGAAAGUUUGAAGAAACGGAGAAUAUCACCGGAAAAAAUAGCAGUUAUAACACCUUAUAGUGGACAAAAAGCGCUUAUUACUGGGCUUAUCGAUCAACAUUUUGAUGGAAAAUUAAUGUUUGAUGUUGAUACUGUCGAUGCGUUUCAAGGACAAGAAAGGGAAAUUAUACUGUUUUCGCUGGUUCGGAAUAAUCCUAUUGGUAAGUUUUAACUUUAAAAAGAGGUUGUGUAUCUUUAGGGGAACUUGAGUUGCAUCGACAUUAAUCAGGUGCUCCUAGAAAGUUCCACAUUUUAAAUUUAUUUCUGUGUACAUCCCUCGGAAGUCAUGCCCUAUCAUUUCCCACAUAAUUGAAUUUUUUACAGCACAAAUGGGAUUUAUAAAUGAUACUCGACGACUAAAUGUUGCAAUUACUCGAGCUAAACGGCAAUUUUUUGUGGUUGGAAGUUUAUGGAUGUUGAAACAUACUUCACAUUAUCAUCUUCGAACACUUUUUGAGUAAGUUCAGGAUUUUGAAAUAUGGGUCGCAAGAAUCGGGAUAUUUAGCGUUAACCUUUCCGAAACAAAAAGUGCUCCCAAGUUAUUCCUAAAGUUAACCCCCGCCCUCCGAAAACUUCGCAUUUUUCAGUACAUUCACAAAUGAUCUCGUUGGCACUGUAAUAUCCCCUCAAAUGGUACGUGGAGAAUAUGAUCGAUUUUCAACUGAAAUCAAUCAUUUAUUUGGAUAUGAUUACAAAUGGUUCAUAGAAAAUUGUAAAAACAAGGAGAUGUGCGAAAAAUCGCGAUUAAAAGCUGUGAAACUGAAACACGAUUUUCGAACUUCUCUAUAUCAUCGACGACAAAAUAGUCGUUUUCUCAACUAGUUUUAUUGUUAUUGUCAAAUAAUUACUCAAAUACUCACAUGUAAAUAUUUUUAUUCUCACUAUGUCAAUUAGCAUAAUUUUUUACGUGUAUGUAAAAAUAAAAAAAUUGUUUUGUCAUUUUUUUUCUGUUCAUUUUUAGAUUUUGUCGUUAUCAAAAUUAUUAUUAUCUUUUGGAUUUUUUCUCUGAAAAAAAAAAUGAUUUUCAGAAUGUUUUCCGGAUUUUCGAAGAGAAUUGGAAUUGUGAGUUUUUUCGGGGAAGUCUAGGAAAAACUAAUUAUUAUGUUGGAUAAUAAUAAAAAAGUAAUGAAAAAUAUGAAUAUGUCCUGCUGGCGCCGGAAUUAAUUAGAAGUUUGUUUCGGAAUUAUUUUCAAAAAUAUUCAAACCUGCGAGAAUAAAAUAAAAAAGUUUCAAAAAACUAUAUAAUAUUUUUCCCGGGGUGAAACAAUAUUUUAAUUUUUCAAAUUUAAACUUCAACAUUUCCAGUAACUCCUAGAAAACUUCUUUCCUAUUUUCUGACCCUUUAAUACCCUAAAUAAUAUAUUUUUUUUGAAAAAUUAUGACCAUCUGACUAUAAUAUUUGUCCAUUGUUGUUGUCAUUCGGAAAUGGAACAUCUGACACUAUUUUAUGUCCUUCCCCUCUUCUCCAAAAUGACACUAAUCUCAUUUCUUUCAAUUGUUUCUUCUUCUUCUUCUCUUCGUUGCUCUUAUUUACAUACAUACACCACACCACAUCAUCUCAUUUUGUUUCUGAAUUUGCUCCCUGGCUCGAUCGAGCCAGAAAAUGUGUCAUUUUGCCCUUUUUUGUCAACCAACCAACUCUAUUAAAUUUCGCAACAUCUAUUUUGUCGCCGCAGCCACGCCAAAACAACAAGAAGAAGAAUUUGAAGGAAAAAGAGGGUCAAAUUGUUGUCCUUUUUUGUGGUCCUCUUCUCUUCGCUUGUUUGAAUCGAUAAGAAAAAGAGAGGCUCCAAAAUGAGCACCCCCAACAUUUUUUUUUCGCUUCUUUUUUGUUGUAUGAUGCUCUUUGUUCUAAUGCGAUAGAACCCUUUUGUUCACACUCCAAAAUUUCUCGAGAUAUUUUUUUGGAGAUUUGGAAGGUGUUACUCAUUUUUGAAAGAGCCCAAAGCGUUUAAUUUUAAUUUUCAAUUCAAUUUGGAAUGGUUUGGAAUAGGCUUGCUGAAUUUUCAGAUUUUCCGAACCAAAAACAAAACCAGCUAGAAUUGUUCAGUAGAAAACAUCAGCAGAUCAAUAAAUUAGACUAACUUCUUACUGUAAGUGCUGAAAUUUUCGUGCCUAAAAUUUGGAAGAUCACAUUUUCAGUGAGUGUUUGAUUUUUCAAUGGAUUUUUUAAGAUUCAGUAAAGUUGGCCAUAAUUUCUUCACUGAAAAUUUUCAUCAAUUUUUCAAAAGUUCAAUUUUUCACAAAUCUCUUCAAUAUGUAAUUGAUUAAUCUGAUUUUUAUAUUCGAACUCUCUUCUUCAGAAAUAUAGAAUUAUUUUUUUUUGCAAAAAUAAUUCCUAAAAGGUUGUCUCUUUGCCCAUUUCAUUUUAGAUCGACCAUUUUUGCCCGUCUGAAAAAUUGGGUAAUUUUCUUCUUCUUCCAUAUCCAAUUUUUGUCGUCCUUCAGCUUCAGCUCCAACUCAUUAAUUCCCUUCCAUUUUCCUCCUCUCAGUUUCUCUUUUUUCCUUUUCCAAUUUUUCAUUUUCUAUCCCAAACCCCAUUUUUUUUCUGCUGCUCUCCCCUUUUUUCUAUUAUUUAUUCAUUCAUUUAACUGCUUUUCCAAAAAUAAAAUAAGCUUUUUACUUGAUUUGACACUUUUUGUGUUGGCUUUGGUCGUAAAUAACAUUUUAUCGAAAAUAGGGCUUUGUUUCAUUUGUUUCUUUGUUUUUCUUAGAGUUCCUUCAUGUAAUUUCUUUCUAAAAGUUCAUGUAAAUAAUAAGAAAUGAAAUAAUAUUCCCAUGAUAUAUCAUAUUUCAUUUCAUAAAUAUUUUUGCAGCCCAAUAAUGAGAGAAAUCGUGCACGUUCAAGCUGGACAAUGUGGAAAUCAAAUUGGUGCCAAGUUCUGGGAAGUCAUCUCAGAUGAACACGGAAUUCAACCCGAUGGAACUUAUAACGGCGAUUCAGAUCUUCAAUUAGAACGAAUCAAUGUUUAUUAUAAUGAAGCUGCACAAGGCAAAUAUGUGCCACGAGCAGUUUUGGUUGAUUUGGAGCCAGGAACCAUGGAUUCAGUUCGAGCUGGUCUCUUCGGACAAUUGUUCAGACCAGAUAAUUUUGUUUUUGGACAAUCUGGAGCUGGAAAUAAUUGGGCAAAAGGGCAUUAUACUGAAGGAGCUGAAUUAGUUGACAAUGUUUUGGAUGUUAUCCGAAAAGAAGCUGAAGGGUGUGAUUGUUUGCAAGGAUUUCAAUUGACACAUUCACUUGGUGGUGGAACUGGAAGUGGAAUGGGAACUCUUUUGAUAUCAAAAAUUCGCGAAGAAUAUCCAGAUCGAAUUAUGAGUUCGUUCUCUGUUGUUCCAUCUCCAAAAGUAUCAGACACAGUUGUUGAACCAUACAAUGCAACACUUUCUGUUCAUCAAUUGGUUGAGAAUACUGAUGAAACAUUUUGUAUUGACAAUGAGGCUUUGUAUGAUAUCUGCUUCCGAACACUUAAGUUAGCAAAUCCAACUUAUGGAGAUUUGAAUCAUCUUGGUUAGUUUUUGAAGAAAAAAUUCCAUUCCUAACCUCACAUUUUUUUCCAGUUUCCGUAACCAUGUCUGGAGUUACCACAUGUCUCCGCUUCCCUGGCCAAUUGAAUGCCGAUCUCCGAAAACUUGCUGUCAAUAUGGUUCCAUUCCCACGUCUUCACUUUUUCAUGCCUGGAUUCGCUCCACUUUCAGCCAAAGGAACACAAGCUUAUCGCGCACUAACAGUCGCCGAAUUGACCCAACAAAUGUUUGACGCGAAAAAUAUGAUGGCUGCUUGUGAUCCAAGACAUGGUAGAUAUUUGACUGUUGCUGCGAUGUUUAGAGGAAAAAUGUCGAUGAGAGUGAGGAUUUUUUGAGCGAGGAAAAAUCAAUAAAAUUAAUUGAUUUACAGGAAGUUGACGAUCAAAUGAUGAAUGUUCAAAAUAAGAACUCAUCAUAUUUCGUCGAAUGGAUUCCAAAUAAUGUGAAGACUGCUGUUUGUGAUAUUCCACCAAGAGGAUUGAAAAUGUCGGCUACUUUUAUUGGAAACUCAACCGCUAUUCAAGAACUUUUCAAGAGAAUUUCAGAACAAUUUACAGGUUUGUUAUAUUUUUCCACCCUAAAAGCUCAUCAGAGGAUUUUUGAGUGUUUGAGACACCUUCUGAACUUGUGUUUUGAAGAGCCAAUCCUAGAAGUCGCAUUUGUCAAGUAGCUGAGCCUUGCGAACAGGAUUUGUCUAGGGUCCGCGCCUUGAGAGGCUUUAUAUUAAGUAACCACUGCUUCUAGAAAUCCUGGUUUUCAAGGAGCUGGGUCUAAAGAACAUGAUUUGUCUAGGACUCGCGCCUUGAACUGCCACUCUAAUUUAUUUCUAUAAAAAUCUGAAUUUUUAGCAAUGUUCCGAAGAAAAGCCUUCCUCCAUUGGUACACUGGCGAAGGAAUGGAUGAGAUGGAAUUCACUGAAGCUGAAAGUAAUAUGAAUGAUUUGGUGUCAGAAUAUCAACAAUAUCAAGUAUGUUUUUUCUUUUUUUAAUUCGAAUUAAUUAAAUCAAUAUUUUUUUGCAGGAAGCCACUGCUGAAGAAGCUGAAGGAGGAGAAUUCGCCGAGCAAGAAUAA